CGCUGGCUGACUGGAAGUGGCGUACGUGCAGAGCGCAGCCCGUGAGUGGCGGCGCAAACUCCUCCUCCGCCGCGCUCGGCUCCAGCCAGAGCGAGCGAGUGAGGAGGGAGGCAGGCAGGCCGAGGUGGGGGCAGAGGGGCUCGCGCCGGCACUAGGCGACGGCUUUCCCCCCUCAGCGCUCCAGGCUGAGGCCGGGCAGGAAAGGGCCGGGCAGUCUCGGCGGGAGAGGGGCUGCUUCCCUGCCCCGCCACCGAGGCUCGCCGCCGCUAUGAGGCGGUGACAGAAGCGAGCCUCGGAGGAGGCGGCGGCGCUGGGCUUUGGUGGCUGACUGUCCUCCGCCCACCAGGAGAGGAGCGGGAGGCGGGCGAGGCAGCCGGGGGCCGCAGCGCUGACUGGGGUCGGCCAUGAUGAAGUGAGCCGCUCGCCUCCUUCUCCUUCCCAAGGCUGCUCGAGGAGAAGCAGGGGCGACCGAGGAGCGGGACGCGGCAACAUGGCCAAUGACAGCGGUGGGAGUGGCGGCGACAGCAACAGCGGCGGGGCCGGACAAGGCGGCGGCGGCGGCGACAGUAACAGUGUCGGUGGUGGCGGCGGCUGCAGCGCCAGCAGCGAGCGGGACCGGCAGUACUGCGAGCUGUGCGGGAAGAUGGAAAACCUGCUGCGUUGCGGGCGCUGCCGCAGCUCUUUCUAUUGUAGCAAAGAGCACCAGCGCCAGGACUGGAAGAAGCACAAGCUCAUCUGCCGGGGGAGCGAGCCGAGCGCGGCGGCGGCGGCAGGGGGCGUUGCUCAGCCCCGGAGCGGCGGCGGCAGCGAGCGACACCAGGGCCACGGCCACGCUCGCCCCCACCAGCCCUCCGCAGAAGGAGAGGGGGCGACCGCCGCCGCCAAGAAGGUAACGGCGCUCCCGGCCAAGCCGCAGCCGGACUCUACCUCGGAAGAGAAGAAGGCGGCGGCGGCAGUAACGAACAACCACGUUGCCAAAGUGGCGCCAGAGAGCGGAGGGCAGGAAGGGGAGGAGGGCAAGGAAGCGGCCGCCGCGGCUCCCGGAGCCGGGAAGGCGGCGCUCCUCUACCGGGAUAAAUCCAACUUGAGCGCGGAGGAGUCGCUGCGCCCCAACGGGCAGAUGAAGUCCCUAGUGCCGCAGCGACUAGCGCUGGAGUACAUCGUGCCCUGCAUGAACAAGCACGGCAUCUGCGUGGUGGACGAAUUCCUCGGCAAGGAGCUGGGCGGGCAGAUCGAGCAGGAGGUGCGCGCCCUGCACCACACCGGGCACUUCACGGACGGGCAGCUGGUCAGCCAGAAGAGUGACUCCUCUCGGGACAUCCGCGGCGACAAAAUCACCUGGGUGGAAGGCAAGGAGCCCGGCUGCAUGACCAUUGGGAAGCUCAUGAACAGUAUGGACGAUCUCAUUCGCCACUGCAAUGGCAAGCUGGGCAACUACAAAAUCAACGGCAGGACGAAAGCAAUGGUGGCUUGUUAUCCAGGCAAUGGAACAGGAUACGUGCGUCAUGUUGAUAAUCCAAACGGAGAUGGAAGAUGUGUCACAUGUAUAUAUUACCUUAAUAAAGACUGGGAUGCCAAGGUAAGUGGAGGUAUUCUUCGAAUAUUUCCUGAAGGCAAAGCCCAGUUUGCUGACAUUGAACCUAAGUUUGAUAGAUUGCUGUUUUUCUGGUCUGACCGCCGCAACCCUCAUGAAGUGCAGCCUGCAUUUGCUACAAGGUACGCAAUAACAGUGUGGUAUUUUGAUGCAGAUGAAAGAGCCCGUGCUAAAGUAAAAUACUUAACAGGUGAAAAAGGUGUGGAGACUGAACUUAACAAGCCUCCUGAUUCAAAUGGGAAAGACCUUCUAUAAAGCCUUUGAUCUAGUAAUUCUCUGUGCUACGUCCUGGUCCUUCUCCCCCUCCCCACAACAGUCCUAGGCGCUGUCUAUUAACUUUUGAAUGUGAAUAAUGAGAUAAAGGAAAAUCAACGCCAAAUCAACGUUUGGAAUAAACAAAUGAAUUAUGGGUUUCAAUGUUUCAUCAAAUGGAUUUCUAAUAGCUUAUGCAUUGUACUACAUGAUUGUGACUCUAGUCCUGUUAACUGCUUAUGUGAAGAUAAGCAUUGGGAAAAAACAGCUUACACAUGAAGUGCCCUACAGAGAAGUUUUCCAUCCUUCAUAUUUUGCCAUUCAAUCAUCCAGUUCAAUGCUAUUUAUCAUCCCCCUUUUUUAAAAAAAUGUGGUAAAAGUUUUGAAUUUUAAAUAAUUUUUGUAUAACCAGGUACAGCUGAUCAACAUCGAGCAAAGCAAACAUUUUUCUCCAAAAUGGCAUUUAACUAUUUUUGUAAAUUUGCUGUUCACACUGUUCUCCUACCAUGUAAAACCUAAUUUAAAUAAGAAUUGCCAGUAACUGAUGAUCACUCUGUCUUUACACUUAAGUCUGAAAAGGAGCACUUUAAUUACCGUACCAUUUAAGAACCCAAUUGUUUUAUUUUCAUAUCUUACACUAAUUUGAAUUUUUUUAAAGAUUGCUGCUGUAUUGUGUUUGUGUUCUCUCUGAAACUUUUUUUUAAAAAAAACUGAAACAGAUGCCUAUCUUGCUGUCAAUUACUUCCUUAAAAUUGUGGUUUUAUAUGUUGUAUCCAGAGAGCAAGCUUUCUGUAUCUGUGUCAUUUGGGUUUUCUAAGUGACUGGCUGGCACUAAGUGGACUUGACGUUAUCCGUACUGUCUUUUUCAUGUUGAGAACUGUGGCCGCAGUUCCGCUGGGAACUUCAUCUUUGAGAGCCAUUGGAUGUGAAUGAAAAUCAUUCAAGAACACAGCAGUACUCAUGUGCAGCUCCUGCUUUUUCCAGUGGGGCUUGUUGCAGAUGAAGUCCCAGGCGGACUCUGCCCAUAAGUAUCAUCAAAUCCCUAGAGCAUAAGGUCUUUCCUAGGCUUUUAGAUGUACCAACAUCUACUACUUUGAUGGGAGAUCUCAAUCUUGACUUGUUUUCAAAAGCUUACUUUCUGCUACCUUUUUUUGUAAGGUCAUGAAACUUCAGAGAUUUCCCCCCAGAGCAGUAGUAUCCUCAUUUGCAGUUGGGUCCCUUGAUCCCCUUAUAUACUAUCAAGGGGUAUAUUUAAUGCAUUAAGACUGAAGUGCAUCACUGCAGGCUUAAUAUGUAAAUAUUUUCCUACUGCUGAGAAUUUUUCUCCCCAAAAUAAUAUUGGCCUCUGAUCAAUACGAAAAUGUUUUUGACAAGGAAAAACUAAAUUACUUUUAAGUGAGGAAGCAAUAGAGAAUAAAAAUAAUUCAACUAGAUAUUUUGAAAUGUUUUGUUUUAAAGGGAUUGGUUUGUGCUCAAAAGUAACCCCCCUGGAGGGAAGCUUCUGAGCCUUACAAACACGAGCCUCCCCAUUUAAAGGCUCCAUAUUUUAUCCCUUGAUUCCCUCACUUAACCAAAACAAUGUGAGUGUACAGAAAUAUUUCUGUAUGUACAACUUUGCCUAUUUUAGCAUCUGUAUAGUUUGUACUUGUAUUAGAGACCUUUUCUAUGGAAAGCUCAGUAAUUUUUAUUAUAAAAAAGCUUACUAUUCAUGUAAAACAUGAAAAAAAAAGGAUUGUGUUUAGUGACAACUGACAAAAGGUGGGAAAUUCAGUAUUGUGAUAGCAUACUAGGGGAACAUCUGGCAAAAGUCUUUGGGUUUUUUUGUUUUUUGUUUCCCCCACCCCCUUUAAAACGAUUAGCUGUCAGAACUUUUAACAGUUUGGUUUUUCUCUUAAUCCUGGUAAAUCAGAAGAAAACAUGUCUACUGUAAGUGCCUCUGCAAGCCUGACCAAGGAGUGCAAAUUUUCUCUACUGUCUGGUCUGCAGUGCAAUGCACUGUUUUAGGCCUAAGAAACACCAUUUCUAACUUUUAACUGCUUUUGUAUUAUGUUAAAUGUGUUAGACAUGCACAACAUAAUAAGCCUUUACAUUUUUUGUUUGUUUGUCCCUCUAUUCAAAGUAUCAACGUCUUACAUUUGUGCUUGUUGGGAAGAUUUAAAAUGUGCUUAAAUCUCUCAGUUGGUUAUUUUACAAAAGGUCACCAAACUGGGGCUUCUAAUGUCCAUUUAGAAGCUGUUCAUGUCAGUUAAAUCUUCAGCCUUGGGCGUUACCAAGCAGGAACCUGUUUCAGACUAUUUUUAAACUGUCUUAUGGCCUGUAUAUGUGUUUAGUCCUGGUUAAAGAUAAAGCUUCAUAAUGCUAUUUUUAUUUCAUGACAUUAGCCAGCUGUAAAACACAAGACUUUUAUCUAGCAGGCAAAGAAAUUCAGAAUUAAUUUGCAGAUUUCCUAUAAAGUCAUGUAACUUUUGAAAAGCAGUGUUCAUUACUGAAAGAGCUCUCAAGUUGCUUGUAAAGCUAAUCUAAUUAAAAGAUGUAUAAAGGUUCUUGAAACAAUGUGGUGGUUAUUUGUAAUUAUGUAAUAUUUUUAAAGCCUCCUACACAGCAACUAAUUGGUAAACUGAUAUGGGGUGUGUCUGUCUGUUUUUAGCAGUCAGUGACACUGCAGCUGCAGUCAAGGGUCUCCUGUUAGUUUCAUUUAUAAACCCUGUUUUUAAUUAUCUAGCUGUGAUUGUUUUUAAAGGAGAAGUGGGGGGGACGGGGACGACAAGACACUCCAUUGUAGCCUGGUACUAACUUUGUGUUACCAAUGCAAACAUUUUAUUUUCUGAUCACGUGGAACGGCUACCUAGGUGCUUUUACUUCUGAAAAUGAACGAUCUUGAAUUUUGGGUUUUUAGGUGAGCAUUUAGACUUUUAGAGCAUAUCCAUAGAUUGAGUUUAGUGUGUCAGAUGCAUUGUUUCAAGACUUCAAUCACUGGUACCACGUUGCAGGAAACUUCUCCCUGUGCUAAUGAGUUUUUGUCAUACAGUGUAAACUGCACGUUGUAUGGUUCCCAUCUCAUGUUUAGAAGCAAAGGAAAACAGUUGUCAGAAGAUAUUAUGAGGACCUGCUUUUAACAGCUACCUGCUGUGCCUUCUCACUGCUAUUUUCUGUGGGGUGCUAUGAACCACCCUUAAGUAAAACCUGGUUCUCUGACUCUUCUGCAAUUUUAUUUUUUAGUCCUUUACUGUAUUUGGACACUCUUCAUAACAUAUUUUUCUUGGUGUUUAUCUAAUUGCUGAAGCAUCUCCCACUCUUGCUGUUAUUUUUUUUAAUCAUUUGGUAAUCUCUAUUGAGAAUAAAAUAUUAAUAAGACAUUAUUAAAAAACAGUCGCAAAUUAAAAUCUGAGUCUUCAAGCAGCUUUCCUUUCAGUAAUAAUAAAUGCUUGGAUACCAAGUGCCUUUUAAAUGAGCAGAAGACACAUACGCUCUCUCAUGGAGGAGUGUCGGUUUCACCACCCAGCUGCACUGCAUGCUGUUUCAAAGAAUCUCCUAUGUGUCAGGAACAGGGUUUUCAGGGGAAUGUGAGGAGCUACAGUAGUAUAAAGAAAAGCCUUGUUGUGUAAGUGCAAUACACAAGUUCUUUGAGCCUGUGUCUCACUACAGCAUAAUCUGAAGAGCACUGCAGUUUCAUAUUUGAAUUCUCCAAGAACUCACAGGUGGAUAUGAUCUGGACGAGGCAAUGUGUCAGCCUUUAUUAUGUCAGCCGGUUGUAGAAUUUUCCUGUCCAAAUGCCCAUGCGCCACGGAAAGGGAAAUGCCAGAAUAACCCCACCUCACUAAUCCCUUGUGACCUGGAUACUUGAAGGAGCACCUCUCCCCUUAUGUGCCAGCCCAGGCUCUUAACAUUUGUGGGGGAAAGCCCUACUGUUACGGCUGUCCUUAACCUCAGCACACCCCAUAGUGAUUUGUGGUAGGGCCUUCUUGAUCAUGGCUCCCCAAUUGUAUAAUUCCCAGAUCUGAAGAUAUGUUCUCAGGGUACCCUUAUCGGUUCCUUGCAGCAUAUGAGGUUUAAAAAGAUGACUGCUUUCUGUCUCUCUCCAUUGGGUAAACUGCCCAUUGAUUCCUACUAUCUGCUUCCUGCUGUUUUUUUAAAGGA